CCCCGCCCCGCCUUGCCCGGAGCAGCAAGGCCGCCGUUAACGGAUCCCGGCGCCAACGGCUGGCGCGGGCGACGGGAGGGGAGGGGAGGGGAGGGGGCGCAGCGCAGAGCGCGCACAUGCCGCGGGAAGCGGGGGAGGCGAGCCUCCCCGUGCUGGCGCGCGCGCGGUCGCUGUGUGGCGGUCGCGGCCCCGGCCGCUCCGGAGGCGGGGGGCGGCGGCGGGCGGGCCCGUGAUGUGGGGGCUUCGCUGAGGAAACAGCCCGGCGGCAGCCCGGGAACCGGGCACCGCCGCUGCGCCCGAGGGCAGGGCCGGCCUGGCCUCCCCACCCGGUGCUCCCCGGGCAGAACGGAUGGGGAGGAGAGGAGAGGAAAGGCUGGCGCCUCUUCGCUCAGCGGCCCUAGCAGGCUGACGCCGCAGCGUGGCUGGUAGGGACAGUGGCAGUAGGGAGCAACCGAGGCCGGUCCUGAGGCGGGAGGAGCCGCAGCGUUUCGCGGUAGGGCCGGUGACAGCGGAGCCCGAUCAGCGGCGGGGGCCGGGCGGUGAAGAUGGCGACCCCGGGGAUGGGCUGGCAGCAGCCGCAGCACGGUUACGGCGGCGGCUCCGCGGCCGGCGCGGGAAAACUCGGCUCGGGCUCCGCGCAGCUGGGGCCGGGCGCCGAGCACAGCCCGGACCUGCAUUUCAAAAUGAGCAAGAAGAUUGCCCAGCUCACCAAGGUAAUAUAUGCUUUGAACACUAAAAAUGAUGAACAUGAAGCUGCUAUCCAAGCCCUUAAGGAUGCUCAUGAAGAAGAAAUUCAACAAAUUCUUGCAGAGACCAGAGAGAAGAUCUUGCAAUAUAAAAGUAAAGUUGCAGAAGAAAUGGAUCUCAAGAGAAAGAUCCAGGUUUUAGAAGAGUCACUGGAAGAUCAUAAAAAGAUGAAACAUCAGGCCUUGACAGAAUUUGAAGCCUAUAAGGACAGAGUUGAAGAUAUGCAGCUUUGUGCAGAAGCUCAGCAUGUCCAACGUGUGGUGACCAUGUCAAGAGAAGUAGAAGAGAUCAGAAAGAAAUUUGAGGAAAGGCUACGAAGUUUCAUACAGCUGCAAGUGCAGUACGAGAAGGACAAGCGUACAGCUCUGGAAGACUUGAGAGCUGCUCACAGGCUUGAGAUUCAAGAACUUCUGAAGACUCAACAGAGCCAGAAUGCUACUUUAAGUAAGGGUCAAGAAAAACUAGAGGAAUUGCAUAGACUGGAGCUGGAGGACUUGAACAGUAAAGUUGAAGAGUUAAGGCUGGAAAGAAAAAAACUCAUUGAGGACUAUGAAGGCAAACUCAGCAAAGCACAGUCCUUCUAUGAGCAUGAACUUGAUUCUUUGAAAAGAUCUCAGCUUUUUACAGCAGAAAGUCUACACGCUUGCAAAGAAAAAGAAGUGGAGCUAAGAAAAGAAUUUCAAAACCAGGAAAGUAUGUUACGGAAGAAUCUGGGAAAGCUUAAAACUGAAUUGCAAAUGGUCCAGGAUGAAGCCGCCAGUCUACGGGAAAAAUGCCAAAAACUUCAGGUGGCUCUUGGGACAGCAGAAAACAAUGUUCAGGUUCUUCAAAAACAGCUAGAUGAUGUGAAGGAGGAGGAGAUGUCAUUGUUAAGCAAACACAAAGAAGUGGAAAGUGAGCUAGCAGCUGCUAGAGAGCGCUUACAGCAGCAGGCCACUGAUCUUGUUCUCAAAGCCAGUCACAUUGGAAUGCUUCAAGCUACUCAAAUGACUCAAGAAGUUACAAUCAGAGACUUGGAAUCAGAAAAGUCUAGAUUAAAGGAAAAACUAUCUCAACUGGAAGAGGAAAGAAACUUAUUACAAAGCAAAACACAGAGUCUGGAUGAGCGACAAAGGCAGCAAAUUCUGGCCUUGGAGAAGAAAGUAAAUGAAGCAAGGGAGUCACAACGUGAAUAUUAUGAGAAGGAGCUGAUAAAAUUGCAAGCAAGAUUGGAAGGAGAGGCUGCACAGUUAAAGGAGGCUCAUUCCAAGACCUUAGAAGAAUUGGCAUGGAAACACCAUACUGCAAUUGAGGCUGCACACACUAGUGCUAAUAAGGAUAAGAAAAAACUACAGAUGGAGUUGGAACAGCAGUUUGAGAAAGAGAAACUGCAUUUGGAGGAUGAUAAGAAUCAGCUCCGACAGCAGCUGGAAAACCUGAAGGAAGAGUUGACAACAAAACUGACUUCUGCCAAUCAGGAGGUGUCUCGCCUGCAAGACUUGGUACGAAAAAGCGAGCAAGGCCUUGGUACUGCAGAAGGGCACAUCUCCAGUCUUCAGGAAGCUCAGGAGAUACUCCAGAAAGAACUAGAAUUAACUAGAGCAAGACUGCGAGAGACCACAGAUUCAUUGUAUAGCGUUGAGGGAGAACUAGAUCAGGAGAGACAACAGCAUGAGGCAAUGAUUGCUACCAUGAGAGAAGAGGAAAAGUUCAAAGUUGACAGAAUGGCUCGUGACUUGGAAGUAAAAUGGACAGAAAAUCUUCGACAGGAAUGUAAUAAGCUUCGUGAAGAGCUGAGGCUGCAGCAUGAAGAGGAUAAGAAGGCAGCCAUGACUCAGCUGUUGCAGCUGAAAGAACGUGAAAAAAAAGCAGCAAGGGAUGGAUGGCAAAAAAAAGUUGAAGAUCUUCUAGACCAGAUCUCCUUACUGAAGCAGAAUCUGGAGAUGCAGCUUUCCCAGUCACAGAGCUCUUUGCAACAGCUACAAGCCCAGUUCAGUCAGGAGCGACAGAGGCUGACUCAGGAGAUCCAGGAAUUAGAAGAGGAGCAUCAGCAAAGGCAUAAGUCACUUCAGGAAGCCCAUAUCCUUGCCUUUCAAAACAUGGAAGAAACAAAAGAGCAAGAACAAAAGGAAUUAGAAGAACGUUUGCAACAGAAGCACUCGGAAGAACUUCAGGCACUGAAAGAAACACAUAAGCAAGCCAUGGAAGGUUUCAAAUUGGAGAUGGAACAGGAACUUCAGACUCUACGAUUUGAGCUGGAGGAUGAAGGAAAAGCUAUGUUAGCUUCCUUGCGCUCAGAGCUAAAUCAUCAACAUGCAGCAGCAAUUGACCAGCUAAGGCACAACCAUCAGCAAGAACUGGUAGCUGCCAAAAUGGAGCUGGAAAGAAGCAUAGAACUCGGGAGGCGACAGGAGAAAGAAUUUUUAUGCCGAAUAUCAGAUCUACAAGAUGAACUGAGACACCGAGACCAUCAUAUAGCUGAACUGGACAAAGAGAUUCUGCAUCUUCAUGAAAAUAUAAGUGCAUUGACCAAGGAAUUAGAGUUUAAAGGGAAAGAAGUUCUCAGAAUACGCAGCGAAUCCAACCAACAGAUCAGGAUGCAUGAGCAAGAUUUAAGCAAGAAACAUGAGAAAGAGCUGGAUGUCUUGGCAGCAGAUCACAUCAGAGAGAAACAAAGCAUGCUGGCAGAUUUUAAUAAGACCCAAGAGCUGCUCAAGGAAAUUAAUUCAGCUUUACAAAUUUCUUUAGAAGAAAUGGAAGAAAAAUAUAAAAACAGAGAAUCAAGACCAGAAGACUUGCAGCUUAUCUCAGAACUGAAAGACCUAAUUGCAGAGCGGGACCAACUCAUAAAGAAAUUGAUUGAAAAUUUUGCAUUCCAUUGAGCUGAACCCCACUCGCUUUAUGAACCUUUCAGAGGUACAAGUACUCUUACAGCAUUUUUAAUUUUUGCAUUACAUUUGUAACCUCUUUAUAGUAUUCCUUUUUAUUGCAGACCUUCUUGAAAUGUGAAAUAUUCUUUCACUUUUUCAUAAGUCUUGAACUUGGAAAACCUCUUUGGAGCCUUUAAUAGAAUUCAUGUGCUUCCAAUUGUUUACAUAUAUGAACAAUUGUUUUAAAUGUUGUGUUAUUUACUGAUUGUCAUUCAGGAAUUGAUACUAGCACAGAAUUUCUUUUAUUCAGUAUUAUGUGAUAAUGGUUUUUACGUAAGAAAACUAUUUCCUGUGCUACGUGAAUGUUUUGUGUUUCCCCUUUCCUCACCUAUAUCAAAUUGUUCCAUAGGAGUAACCUUACUACAGCAACAGGAAACUUGUAUUCUUGGAUGCUUAAUGCUGAGCCUGUAGCAAUCAAAACCAGCAUUAAAGUCUCAAGUAAUUCUCUCACAAAAUAAUAUAGUGAACUGAAUAACUUAAAAAUGGAAUUUUGGAUCCAGGAUUUUAAUCUUUUGGCUUUAUGUGCCUGCAUAUUAAAUGCACUGAAGUGCUGCACUCUAUUUAGUGGGUGCUGAACUCUUACCUCUAAGUUGGCAACAAAGCAACGUGUAAUUAUCAGUUUACUCUCUCCUUUGGUUUAAUGCAAAAAGCCACAUACCUAGCAACUACAAUAGUAAAAGGACACAAAAACUAGAAUCAAAAACAGAUAAGGGAAAGCAAUCUAUUUCAAGAAAACAAUCUUAAAAAGAAAACCAAACAAGUACUGUUGCUCUGUUUCUUUUCCUGAGCAUGUGAUGUGCAUGAGUGUGCUCCGACAUUUCUAACAUGCAUGUGCGUGGACUUGUGGACUGUGAUGCCAGAGUUUCCAUUCCAAAUAGUUUUGUGCUCUGUACUAUCCAGUAAUACAGUAGGAAUUAUUUUAUUACUGAUUUUUAUUGAUAAAGGAACUUAGCUGUGUAAUUGAAUUUAAAUUAUUCUCUCUUGCUCAUUUUGUGAGACUUUUAAGUGUUCAAGGGGGAACCAAAUCUUGUUUUGCAGUGCAGCAGUUUCUCUUUUCCUGGUAUUUUAAACGUGUGCAUGAACAAUGACACAAGUGAUAUCUGUGAUCGGUGUUAAGUAUUAAAACAGUGUGUAUUCCUGUUUGGUUGCCAACCAGUCUUUGUGAGCACAUGUCUACAAAUAUGAUGCUCGCAUCAUAUUUCUGAAAAUCAACUUUACUACAGGAAAAGGAUGCUAAAAGAGGACCUUCUGCAGUCACGCUUUUCCAAGAAAACCCUUUUUAUUCUUCCUGAAGCCUACAGCUGUUGAUGAGAUUUUAAAUUAUGUUUUCCAAAACAUUCUUUGCGCACCCUAUUAAUGUGGCUUCCAAACUGACUUGUCCGUGCUGCUGAUGCUCUCUAAUGGAGUGGAUGAUCACAGAUUAUGUAGGGAGACAUUCAGUCAUGUCCUGAGGCACACUGAUAAUUAAUCCAUGGAAAAACAGACUGUGUUCCUUACUGCAUAUUCUCUAUGAUUUGUUGUUUUUUUUCUCCUCCUAACAUUUGUACUUUUUGUGUAGUUGUAGGAUAAUUGUGUUGUUUUCUUUUUCCUUUCUGUGACUUUAGCCCUCCUCAGACUGAUGCUUCACCAGUGGCUUCACCAGAUCCCCAGCGCCAGGAGUGGCUUGCCCGGUACUUCACGUUCUGAGAGACAAUUUGUUUUUGUGGCACAGCGUGAUGUGGACUGUUUAUAAGAGCAUGACCUUAAGUAAACCCUCAUGUGAACAAGCUUUCCUGUAAUUUGUCAAACACUGUGAAUGAGAAAGUAUUUGUCUUUCUGAUUUGAAACUGCACUGUAUUUCAUGUUAUAUUUGUUGGAAUCACUUGACAUGGUACUAUAUAAUGUGUGUAAUUAUAACUAUUAUUUUUAUUUAAAAUGGAAGAAUCUUUAAACUUUGUAAUUACUACAUAAUAAAUUUUGGUAGAACAAACAUAAUGCUUUCCCCCUUUUUCCUAUAAAUGUGUUUUCUUUCAUUUCAGGUAGGGCUUUUCCCCGCAAAAACAACAUAAUUGCAUGGUUACUAUAAAUACAAUUUAAAUUGUUAAAGGAAAGUGUAUCUCUCACUCUCUUCCCCAGUUUCCGCAGGAUAUGUUUAAUGCAUCCAAAUUCUAUUCUGUUACUUUGUAGCAGUUUAAAAACUAUCUCUUUUUAACACUUAAAAGGAGGAAUGUGAAGUAAAACCAGGGUAGCUUUCAGAGCAGAGGGAUUUUGAGGAGAGGAUGAAGACAGCCACAAAGCAGGAGCUGUUCAUUGGGGCGGGGAGGUUGACUCAUUUGCUGCUCAUGAAACUUUGCCAUCUAGUUAUAAUCAAACAUGUUAUCGUUAAAUUUAAGCAGAAACCGUUCCUACAAGUUACGUAUUUCUUUUAUGAAUAUUAACAAAAACAAAUGCCUGAAACAUUUAGAAUACUAUACUAAGUAUCUCUAUAAACUGAGAAUCUACAUGCAGAUAGAGAAUCUGUCUCUUCUUUGUAGAGAAUCUGUAGCAGGUAGUCCUGCUUUGGAUAAAACUCAUGUCUGAAAUGAAAGGGAAAACAACCCCAAACCAAACACACACACACCCAACUUUUUCCCAUUUAUACAUACCACAGAUCUUUCAUUAAAACUUAAUUACCUUCCCUUGUCUAUAUUAAAGUUUUUCUUCUACUGAAACUGAUAUAUGGCAAUGUUUUUUUCAGCUAGUGAGCAUGAUUCUCCAGUCUACACCUUUUAUGAUGCCAGCUUUGCUCAAGAAAUGGGCAAAACUAGAACUAGAACAAAACUAGAACUUACUGUCUUUUUUUACAUAAUUUUUUCAUUCAAAGAUUACCACAAAGUAACUCACACUGGUAGUCUCAGGGAGAAAAAUGUCUCUUUGUUUUAUGAAUGUAUUUUUAAGCUGAAUCUCUUUAUCUUUUAAAAGCAGGGGAAAACGUUCAAGUUAUUUGAAUAAGCUUUUAGUUAGCAUAUACAAAGGUCUGAACUUUAAUAUUUCAUCUGAAGCCCUAACUACAUCCUUUUUUCGCUAUAUGCACAAAGGUAAAUACCCAGAUGAAGAUACUUGCUAAUUACAAGGAGUUUUAUAUGUAGUAUAUGUAUAAAUGAAAAAUUUGUAUGUUUUCAUAUAAACAAUAUAAAAUCUUCUAAAUGAACAUUUUAAAACUUAUUAUUUUAAAACUUUAUCUUCUAAUUCAGCUUGAAAACGCCACUGAAAGCUGUACUCUGGUGAUGCUGCCAUGGAUUAAAGAUGUAUACAACAGAAUUUCUGUAGCUGGUGGACUCAACGGGAGGUAUAUGCAACUUUUUAAUUUUAGAAGAAAGCCAUAUUGGACAAAAUGUCAGAUUUCUUGGCUGUUACCCAAAAUAAAAUACACUAGCUCAUUUUGUUAUAAUGU